AUGGAGAAGAUCACCGGUUCUGGCGCAGAUGAGUGCAAAGUUCAAGUAACAGUCACAGUUUUAGAAGGUAUUCGAGAUUUGGAGAAAGGUCCUACUGGCUCGGACAAUGCGGAAGGGAGUGAUAUUCCAAGAGCGGACGGGGGCAUAGAUGCUUGGCUUUUUUUAGCUGCAUGUUUUGACUCUACUUGCACAUUCAAUCAGGAUUUGAACAUCCAAAUGCCCAGAAGGCGACGUAAGGCUCACAAUAAACCAGGAUUUCCGUUCGCGUUUGGAGUCUUUCAGACGUAUUACUCUACUCAUCCCCCUUUCGAUGAGCAUGCAGAUAGCAUAGCCAUUACUGGAAGUUGUGCCACUGGAAUCACACUUAUUGCGGCUAGCUUCGCCACACAAGUUUGGCACCUCAUCGUUACACAAGGUGUUUUGUACGCUAUUGGAGGUAGUCUUUUAUACUCUCCAACGAUGUUUUAUCUGGAUCAAUGGUUUGUCAAACGAAAGGGUCUUGCGCUUGGUGUUAUGUGGUCAGGUGUUGGAACAUCUGGCCUUAUCUUCCCAUUUCUUUUGUCGUAUCUUGUCGAUAAAUACGGAUUCCGCUGUACCCUUCGAAUUUGGGCAGUCAUUUUGUUGCUCCUCUGUUGCCCUCUAAUCUACUACAUCAAACCAAGGAUUCCAGCAACAUAUCCCAGUGAACCGCCAUCAAAUCCAAGUUAUACCUUUCUCAAAUCACCCAUAUUCUGGUUUCUUCAAGCUGCAAAUAUCUUAUCCUCGCUCGGAUUCUUCUCACCUUCCAUCUAUCUCUCGUCAUACAGUGCCUCGCUAUCCUUUUCUCCCAUAACUGGCACUGCACUAAUUGCACUCCUGAAUUCCUUCUCCGUCAUUGGAGCCAUUUCCCUAGGUCACCUCUCCGAUAUCAGACAUAUAACCACCGUCAUACUCCUCUCAUCCGUCCUUUCUGCCUUAUCGGUCUUCCUCUUGUGGGGUAUAUCAACUUCCCUUCCAUCUCUAAUCUUCUUCACCAUCAUCUAUGGAAUCUUUGCAGGAGGCUGGACUGCCAUUUGGGCAGGCAUGAUACGAGAAGUUCAACGCACGGAUCAAAAGGCGGGGUUUGGUGUGUUGAUGGGCCUAUUUAGUGCGGGAAGAGGAGUUGGAAGUGUGGCAUGUGGACCAGUUACGGAGUGGCUUGUUGGAUUAGGAGGUUUGGAUGGUGUGAAGGGUGGUUAUGGGACGGAGUAUGGGAUGGUCAUUGUUUUUACGGGGGUUAGUGCUACUUGUGGAUUGAUCGGUAUAGGAGCGAGGUUUUGGAAGAUGGAAAGAGCGUAA